CAAGUGCGGUGAUAUAUGUGUUCAGACCGCCAUGACGAACGCCAUGACAGAGGCAUGGAGGCAGUGUAGAUCUCGACGUUUCGAAAGACUCUGAACGAGAGUUAUUCUGAGAAUAUCCAAGACAUUUUACUUAUUUACUUUUCUUUCUGUACGUGCUGGUUGUCGAAAAAAUGCCAGUUAGCCUUCUUUUCUGCGCAUUUUAGUAGUAAUGCUAGUUCUGCUCUUUUUUUAUUUUAACGAGCCAUUUUUCAGCGAAGAUUUUCUGACUAGAGGAGGCAUAAAGAAGAUUUUAGUUAUUUUUUUAUAAUUAUUUUUUUUUGCGUGCGGCGUCGCCACAGUUCUUGCGUCUGCUUCACUCCUGAAUCACUAUUUAAAAAGGCGGCCUGUACUGAUUAAACAGCCGAUUUUACUUAGGGAACUUAAAAUCAGCAUCUUCAAUACGUGAGCCAAAAUGAACGACUUCGGCUUGCACCUUCGCGUUAAAGUUAGAACGGUACCUAUUGCGCUGUCUGCUUUUUAUGUAAAUAAGUAAAUAUUAAAGCGUUCUCGAAUGUCAAGCACCUAACGGGUAUGGUAAUUAAUCAUUGACUCCUGACCAUGUGAGUUUAUUUUUGUUCUUGUCACUUUUUUUCAUCAUUCAACUGAAAACAGAAAGAAAGGUUUCUGAACUGUGAUAAAUGAAUUUACUUUUGGUAAAGGUAAAUGCCAUGAAGCACGAGGAUCAACCUUUCGUGUCUCAACGUAAGCUGACGGAUCGGUAAUAACAUCCCUUCCUCAAAUGACACGCCGUCAAGUGCUCCGCUUGUGGAUAUAAAUAAACUGUUGCAGGCCGGUUACAAGAGUCUACAGUUCAAACUCGUAUUCAUCAGAUGAUAAAGAGAACCAUGGGAACAUUUUAUCGGUCGACGCAUUGGAGCAUGCUCCGCUUUGUCUAUUUCGUGGCUGCAGUGAUACCCUGUGUGGAAGGUAAGGACAGUGCAAGGCUCGUUUACCCAAGGCUUCUUGAGGAGAGGUCUUCCGACGGGAGGAUGGUGGUCCACGUGCACGAUGACCUCACGCUGAACCUCAGGAAAUCGUCAGUCGCAGCCGGUGAAAUCCGUGUGCUGACGGAGGAAGACGGACGCCGGGUCACGCGAUUCUACAACGGGGAAGAUAUUGAGAAAAAUCUUUACGAAGACGAAGAAAAAAUUGCUUCUGUCAUGCUGACCACAACUGAAAGCGGUGUCCGCAUGGAAGGACUAGUGGGACCCAGACACAGGAUCCAACCAAGGCAGAUCUCUGAGCGAUCUGAAGAUGGCGUGGUGCCUCAUGAAAUCCACGAAAUUGAGCAGAAGGAAAUGUUGGAUAAAACUCUCCCUUACAGACGCGAAGCUCCAGAUGUUCCCAGUGAACGAGCAUCGUGGAAUGGACGCAGUGUUCCGGACUCCGUAACUGUGGAAGUAUUCAUAGUUUCAGACAAAAAACAUCACAGCUACUUCAGACAUACGGAGCACGAACUGUGGUAUUUGUGCGUUAUGAUAAAUGCUGCAAACAUAAGGUAUAAAGCCACGUCAAACCCAAUGGUGAAGCUCCUACUUACAGGCCUUGAAAGAAGUCAGAAGGAAAACUACAUUGUCUCCCCGGAGGACGGUUACCUGUUCGACGACCUAACAAUAGGAAUGUUCAAAUUGCACGCCAUAAAAAACAAGAAAGAGUAUGGCGAUCCAGAUUGCGUCUAUCUCAUGACGGGGCUCAACGUGGUUACCAUAUAUAAAGGCAAACUGACCGACGCCGGUUUAGGAAUCGGCUUUGUUUCCGGUGUCUGCACAGGCCACUUCGUCGCACUCGGAGAAGACAGCCCGGGACUUUACAGUGGAACGCACACUUUCACACACGAAAUUGCUCAUCUGCUGGGAGCAAAACAUGACGGAGACGGCCCAGACCCGGACAUCCCAGGACACCCUGGUGCAAUAGAUUGCCCUUGGAGUGACGGAAACAUGAUGAGCUACGUCAACAAAGGGCCUGAAUUCCAACGUUUUUCGCUGUGCAGCUUGGACCAAAUCCGGCAUGUUAUCCGCCGUGCAGGACCAACGUGCUGGAAGGUGUCGUCAGCGGGGAGCAUUGUGAAGCGUGUGUUCCCAGGAAUGACGGUGACCUUUAAAAAAUUUUGCAGCGCCUUGCCAACCGACAAGGAAAACUCCACGUAUGAAUACGUCACCGUCAAUCAAAGCUCAUGUGUCGUGUCGUGUCAUUUUUCCAAAAUGUACACGUAUGUAUGGUCUAAUGGAGUACCGGAGCAUUACAAGAUUUCCUUCUCCCUAAAACAAGACGCGCUGGACUACAUGCAAUGUGGCCCCCAGCAUGUUUGCAUACAAGGAGUGUGCAUGGAAAAGCCUUCUGACGUUAACGGACAGACAUAUGGACCGAUACCAACUGUUGUCGUUGAGACCUCUUAUGCACAAACGACCUCAACACCGACGGCAAAAACUGCGAGAAAACGGAUGUUUCCGUGGCGGCACAGGACAAGGAAGUAGUGACUGAUGCGGUGAUAACACAAAUGUGGAAUCAGUGCGCGCACUGCUAAUAUGAAUUGUACACAAUCUGUAAUGAAUAAAAUACGGUAAU